AUGCCUUCCGCGGUGACCGCUUCCGCCGAUAACUGGUGGUGCGACGAAAGCACUGAGUAUGCCUUUAUGGGCUUCUCAUACGAAGUCACCGCCUGUCAGAGCCCCGAUCAGCUUCAGAAGGACUUCGCUGACAUUCGCAACACUUUCAACGGCCGCUACAUACGUCUGUACGGCGCUUGCGACAACCAGGGCUUCUACGAUGACGUCGUAAACGCAGCCUGGGAUAACGGUCUCAGUGUUCACGCUCUCAUCUGGUUUGGCUUAGACUGGCAGCAGCGCCGCGACUCGCUCGUUUCGACGCUUUACUCGAAUGCUAAAGCUAAAUUCGUCAUGCGCGGUAUCCAGUUCAGCUCGGAACCCCUUUCGAUGCUAACGUCCGAGAUAUUGGGUCUCAAAGGGCAGGUCAAGUCCCUCGGCAUCCCAGUGACCGUCUCGGAGCUCGCGUAUGGCUAUCAGGAGAACGGCGGUGCGCAGAAUGUGCUCGACGCCCAGGACUACCUCAACAUCCACAUACUCCCGUUCUUUUCAGCAGAGGCCAGCACUUCGAAUGACGCGUGGCCGAUUGUCCAGGAGAACCUCCAGUUCUUCGUUCAGAGAGGUGGCGGAAAGAAGAUGUAUUUUGACGAAAAUGGGUGGCCCUCGGUCACUAGCUCCGGUGUCCAGCCCAACAGCAGCGCUGCCGUUGCUGAUGUUACCAACGAAGCGGACUACUUCCAGCUUCUUGAGGACCACUGUGACGACCUGAAGAACCAAGCCCAGGGCGGAAUUGGCUGGUUCGCGCACAUUUAUUCAGAUGGCCAGGAGCCCGGGUACGGCAUCUACGAUUCCAACGGGAAUAAGAAGUUCAAUUUUGCGCCCCGGACGACGUGCUAA